CAAAACAUCGAAAACAAAUUACUAAUAGUCAUGACUAAGUUUGUUUCCAUCAUUAUUACCCUUCUCUUCGCUGCUCUCGUUCUCUUUGCUGCUUUUGAAGCACCAACAAUGGUGGACGCGCAGAAGUUAUGCCAGAAGCCUAGUGAGACAUGGUACGGAUUAUGUGGAAAUAGUAAAAGUUGCAAGAACCAGUGCAUCAACCUUGAAGGAGCACGUCACGGAUCUUGCAACUAUGUUUUCCCAUAUCACAGGUGUAUCUGCUACUUCCCAUGUUAAUCUUAUACCAAAACUCAUUUGACCUACUAAAACUCAUAUGGUCUACCAAAACUCUGUUGUGCUUGUGUGUUUAUUUACAUUCAAUAAGUCUGUGUCACUCUGUGAAUGACCUUAAGACAUGUACCAAGUAUGUUUAUGUAUGUUUUCUGUGAUACUAUGAAGUUUUAUGUACUACGUACUAGUCUA